UGUCGCGAGAACGGAAACAGGAACUGUAAGGCAACCGUGACCUCCUAGCAGAACCCGGAAGUGUGGCGUUUCUCUUUGUUCUUGGGCGAACCCUGCGAAAGAUCGGUAGUCUGCGAGCUCAGGCGGGAGCAUGCUGACUCGGCUGAAUGCAAAAUCAGACGGGAAGCUCGCAAAACAGCUAUGCAGAGUUGUGUUGGACCAGUUUGACAAACAGUAUUCCAAAGAACUUGGGGAUUCCUGGAGUACAGUAAGGGAUGUUCUAGUAUCUCCAUCACUGUGGCAAUAUGCAGUCCUCUUCAACCGAUUCAAUUAUCCCUUUGAGCUGGAAAAGGACUUACAUUUGAGGGGCUAUCACACAAUCCUUCCUGGGUCCUUACCAUAUUAUCCUAAAUCAAUGACGUGUUACCUCAGCCGAUCUCCAGAUCGAAUGCCUUCAGAGAGACAUCAGACUGGAAGCUUGAAGAAGUACUACCUCCUCAACGCUGCCUCUCUUCUCCCAGUACUGGCUCUGGAACUGAGGGACGGGGAGACCGUUCUGGACUUGUGUGCUGCUCCUGGAGGCAAAUCAGUAGCCCUGCUGCAGUGUGCUUCCCCAGGUUAUCUGCUUUGUAACGAAUAUGAUAGUCUGAGAGUGAGAUGGCUGAGACAGACGUUGGAAUCUUUCAUCCCACAGCCUUUGAUAAAUGUAAUUAAAGUGUCUGAAUCGGAUGGCAGAGAGAUGGGAGAUGCCCGGCCUGAAACGUUUGACAAGGUGUUAGUUGAUGCUCCAUGUUCAAAUGACCGAAGCUGGCUGUUCUCAUCGGACUCUCAGAAGGCUGCCUAUAGGCUCCAUCAAAGGAGCAGUUUGCCUGUCCUACAGGUAGAACUCUUGAGGUCUGCAAUUAAGGCUUUACGGCCUGGAGGGCUUCUCGUGUACUCCACAUGCACGCUUUCCAGGGCUGAAAAUCAGGACGUCAUCAGUGAGAUCUUAACCUCCAACAGUACCAUCGUGCCUGUGGACAUUAGUGGACUAGCAAGGACUUGCUCCCAGGAUUUCACAUUUGCUCCCACUAACCAGAAAUGCAGCCUUUUGGUGCUUCCCGAAAAGGGCAAAGCUUGGGGCCCAAUGUUUAUAGCCAAGCUGAAAAAAAUCGUGAGUACAGGAAAAUGGUGACAUAAUUUUGUAGGCCGUAUUGAUGUGUUAUUAUAUGCAUAUUAUUUGAGCACACUAUGCGUUAGUACUUAUAAUUACAGAGCCACUUUGCCUAGGACCGUUUGGAAUCCUGUUUCGUUAGUACUUCAGCCGUGUACAGCAUAGGCUUAAGAAAUUUUCAGGUCCAGUUUUGUUCCUCGAAAUAUAUCUACAGUGAUGUGUAAAGUGGGACAGAUGGUGUUGGCUCUGUGUAAUCAAAUUCUUGUUUUUACUUGGUAAAUGAGUUAGAAUACAUGGUUCUGUGCGUAAAAUGAAAUAAAUAAAAUAUUUAGGACUGAAUCCUAUGACAUAGGUAUUUUAAACAUUUCCUUUAAAACUGGAUCUGCCAACACUCAUUACCAUUUCCUCAUCAAAUGUGCAGAUUCGUUCUGUCAGAGCAAUCGGUAUUCCAAAGCUAGCUCCUUAAACAGCACAAUUUCUAGUCGUAGGAAAAUAGGUUUCUUAUUUGCAAAGUUGUUGUGCUAAGGACUCUCUUCUGUUUACUGCAAAGGUCAGUGACUCCAUUGACACCAACUUCGUCAUCCCUCCCAUUUGUUUUUAUUCAGAAAUACAAACUGAAAGGGUAAGUUAUGUUGAAAGGCCUUUAGCGCAGCAGAGUCACAAGCACGUGCUUGACUUUCGACAUUCAGCCUGUGAAAUAAUGCAGCCUAUCCAGCAGGCUAUAAAGCAAGCACUUGAAACAGAACCAGAAUGAUUAAUAACGGCAAUAACUGAACUAUAUUUGGAGUGUUUUGUUACAUAAUUGCAGUCAUAAUGAGUACUACGGAAUCUGAUUAUCUUACAGUUGCAAUCUGAAGGGGCUUUUUAUUUCACUAGGUUAUAAAAUGUUAUAUGAGAGUGUGAUGUCACAUAUUAAUGCACACGAGAGAGAUGCCUGAUGAGAGUCAAUUAUCUAUUACCAAGGUCCCAAACCAUUCACUGAGUGGCUCUCUCUGUUUACAUGUACACAAGUUUUGUGCAUACGUCUAUAUGUAUGCUUAGGAUUUUAGAAUCAGUUUUCAAUCAUGAACUUUUCUUUAAAAAAUGCUUCUCUUGGAUCCAAACAUAUUUUCCAACUAUUACUAAAAAUCAUGCUGGCAGACAUGGCAGUGCAUUUGGGAGGCUGAGGCAGAAACCAAGUUCGAGUCCAGCCUGAGCUGCAUAGCAAGACCCUCUUUAAGAAAGAGGUAGGUAGGGAGGAUAAAGGGAGGGAGGGAAAGAAGGAAAGAUAGCAUGAGAGAAAAUAACAAAGCAUCCUUUUAGAAAUUAGCUUUUUAAAAUUUUUUAAUAUUUAUUUAUUAUUAUUUUAUGUGUGUGAAUGUCUUGUCUGCAUGUUUGUCUGUGUACUAUGUAAAUGGCUGUUGCCUGAGGAAUUCAGAAGAGGGCUUUGGCUCCCCUGGACCUGGAGAUAUAGAUGGCUAUGAACCACCACGUAGGUGCUGGGAGUUUGUAUGCCUCUCAUCUUCUGCAAGAGCAACACAUACUCUUAACCAUGAAGCCAUGGCUUAAGCCAAAAAUUCGCUUAAAAAAUCAGCUAGGGAACACAAAAUUCCAUGGCAGCAGAAUGGUAUUGUUUGUCUGUUCUGUUCUCUAAGGUAUUCAGUAUGCACUUUUUGUUUUGCAAGACUGUGUCACUGGACUCAAGUUAAUGGAAAUAUCUAGGGAAAUUUUGUUCUCUACAAUAUUUUAAAGUAUAUGUGACCGGUGUGUUUAAAGUAAAGGUUUAUCUCUUGAGCCCAUCAACUGUAUUCAAUUAGUAUAGAAGAUUAAUGACAAAAAAGUGUUCUGUUUAUUUUAGUUUGACUUACUGGAUUGUUUUUCUGUUUGAAAUCCUGUCUUUGGAGUCUCUAGUUUUAAAAGUGCAUUUUCUUUGUGUCAUUUAACCACAGUGUAAAUUUUCACAGCACAAAAUGUCAUUAUUUUUCCUGUAUAAUGUCAUGAAGCUUCUGUUGAGCACAAAGUGUGAUACUGAACUUGACUUUCUUGGGACUGAUGAGAAACACAUGUAUGCUUAUUACAUAUAUUUAUAUAUUUUAUUAAGAUGAUUGUAACAAAACAGCAAACAUUUAUUGAGCAUUAAAUGGUUGGCCGAAGGCUGUUGCCUUUUUUGAUCUUUAUAACUGUGGGCUAGGAAUGAUGGUGGUUGUCAGUAAUCAGCCGUUGGCGUGCAGAGGCCUUCCAUUGUCUGGCCACAGAGGGAGACACUGUCUCAAAACAAGCAAUCAAAUGAGCCACAGCUGGUAGUGAGUUUGUAUUCCUCUCUGUGGAUGAGGAAGCAAAGCCCAGGGUUACUUGUUUGUCAAGGACACUGGCAACUUAAGCAGGGAGCCAGAUGAGAGCUGGCUCCAUUGCCAGCCCUUCCUCUGAUACUGUGUUGUGCCACCAGUAUGGAUUAUAGAACUUUUAAGAUUACCAGCUGCCUUUAUGCCUAUUCUCCACUCUUCAGAUUCCCAGAGCAUCAAAGGCUUUAUCAAUACUUGGGAAAGAAAUAUUUCAGCCUAUUCGUGUGAUUGUAAUAAUAAGGAAUCUCCCAUGGAGGUAUUUUUUGCCUCCCUCUCUGUUACAGAUGGUGAGCUGAAGAAUGGAAAUUUGGACAGCCUUUCAAUUUCAACUGAAAACUGAGCAAUAAUUGAUGCCCCUUUCUGUGGCAUGAAGUCACUUUAAAAACGGCUUCAUAAAAGUUUAGGUUAGCCACCAACACAUUUACUUCUCCCUGCCAUCAGCACCCGGAGCAGCCACUAGUUUCACAAAUAGACUACGAAUAAAUGUCAUGCAUUUAAAUGGUUUGUACUGAAUUUUUAAAGCAUAAGAUACUAUUUGUGGUUUGAAGUCAAGGUGGCCUACCAUUCUUUAUUCUAUUACAUAUAUCCAUUUAGCUUUAUACUUAAAUUACAUAUUAUUCCCUUAGUGGUACUGUGAAAAAUAUGCUUUCAUAUAGCGUAGGUAGGUAUACUAUAAUGACUACCUGAAUACAUGGUGCAUGAAUAAAUAAUAAAGGCCUAAUGGACCUUUAUCGAGAAGCCUGUAUGCCUGCCUGGUCAGAAGCAUCAGGUUAUCUUCAUAGGCUAAUGCCGCUCAUCAGAAAUAUAAGAGAACAUCAGAACGAAUCGUGACAAUCGCAUUACAUGCCAAGAAGUCCUUUGAUGCAAUUGAACGGGACUACUCGUGUUAUGUAUUAGGUAAAUUUGACUUUAGGGACAAAUAGAACAGAUAGCACAAUUUAUUUUUGGCUCAUCUAUAUGGUUCAAAUCAAUGGUUUGUAAUCUCCCUUUCUUGGCUUAGUGCUGCACUGGGGUUGGAGGCAAGGAUGAGACCCAUUCCUAAUGUUUCUCUCCAGACUGACAGUGGUACCAUCAUAUCACCUGCGGAAGACUUAGCUGGAGGCUCACAAGUUCAACACUGCACACGGUCAGCUACUACUGGUCUGCUAGUGCCGAGAGCCCUCACACCAUCCGUUCUCAAAACAUUAACUGCCGUGUCAGGAUUUGGGAUGACUGAGAAAAUCAUAAGUACUUUCUUGACAGAAUGGUUUCUACUGACGUGACAAGUUACAUUUUGUAAUAAAAUUUAAACUUAAAAAGAGUAGAUCUGGGAUUCUCAUAAGGGGCUCAUUAAGCAACCAAGUAAGCAUACCACUUAAAAAUGGACCUGUAAUCAGUGCUAGGUUUUUUUUCUCAAAAAAAAAAAAAAAUAGGUUUCCUUACAUCUAAGGAAGAUUAGCUUGGUAGAACAUGUACCUCUUUAAAAUUUAAUUCGAUAACUCUAAUAUUAACUCCACACCUCUCUGUAACUUUUUCUAAAUGAAGAAAUUCAUUUCUUUAGGCAUAUAAGACCAUACAGUCAUGAUGAAACCGUAGGAUAGCAUUUGCUACCUCAGGGAAAGGACUGCUUGCUUCAUUGGAAGUCAUUUAAUGGGAUACGUCAUGACUCAAUUAAGCUUGCUAUGGCUUGUCAAAAGGAAUUUUCCACUGCAUAUUGCUAUGGAAGAGCCUAUUACAUGUGAAUAACUAUACCACACCACAGAAUAAACAGACUGAAAACGUAUAGCUCACUAAGGAAUAAGAAACAGGACCAUAGAGCCCAACUUCAGUCUAGUUUUUUUUUUUAAUAAGUGUGUUUAUUUAUCUUACAUCCCAGCCAGUUUCCCCAGCCUCCUCUCCUCCCAGUCCCUUUCCUGAAACCCCCCCUUCCCACCUCUGUUUCCACUCUACUAAUCCACUCCCCCUCCAUUUCUGUUUAGAAACAGGCAGGUCCCCCAUGAGUAUCAACAAAACAUGGCAUAUCAAGUUGCAAGAAGACUAAGCACCUUCCAUGUAAUAAGGCUGAGCAAGGCGACGCGAUCUCGUUUUCAAAAACAAAAGGGAAUAAAGUUGCAGAUAAUAGUAAAAUAGGCAAAAGCCAGAGAGAUUAGUAAUGGUGGGAGAGAAACAUAAGAUAAUAAGCCUGUGAUUGUUUUUAUAUAAAUCUUCACUUAUUUA